CGCCAUACACAAAAGUCCAAGCUGGCCGUCCCCUUCGACCCUUCCCUUGGAAAUUCCGAUUAAAGUUAUUGGAAGUUGUGUUGCUUGGAACAAUCAAAUGGAUGCAAUCCAAAGAGAGAAAAUCUAUGUUGCUGUUGGUAAUGAUGAGGUGGAUGGAUUUAAGACUUUGAAUUGGGUUCUCCAGAAGUGGAAUUCUCAUCCAAUUUCCGUUGUUAUUCUCCAUGUGACAUACAAUAUUUCCAAGGAGUAUGUUUAUACACCAUUUGGGAAACUUCCAGCAAGAUCUGUGAAUGAAGAGAAACUAGAAAUUCUCAGGAAAAAUGACCAAGAGAAAAUUAACAAGUUGCUUUCCAAAUAUAUUGCUUUCUGUGGCAAGGUGCCAGCAGAGAUUCUCGAAGUUGAGAAAUUUGAUGAACCUAUGCAAAAGCGCAUCAUAGACUUGAUCUUUGGUCUAGGAAUAACCAAAUUGGUCAUGGGAUUUUCAUUCAUGAAGCCCUCCUUGAAAUCAAAAGGUGCCAUCAGUGGGUUGUUCUAUGUUCAUCAGCAUAAACCUUCCUUUUGUGAAUUGUUCAUUAUUUGUGGAGGGAAACAAGUUUUCCUAAGGGGAAGAAAUGAUGAGAAAAUAAUGGAGGAUGAUCAUGGAGUCAUGGUUGCAAAGAUGAGAGAUAAGUUAACUUUUAAAGAUUGGCUAGACAAAUUGUUCAUUGACAAAACCAGUGAUUCACAGGAUAGAAGUGCAUCUCUUUCCUCAACCAAUUUGGAGUCUCAUGGGAACCAAAAUCAAUGGGAAUUUCAUGCACAAGAAAUUGAAAAUUAUUAUCAAGAAUUGUUGUCUUCGAAGUUGGAGGAAGGAAGCUGCGUGCAAGAUAAUGACGACUCACGGAUUAGUCCAAUUGAGCCAGAUGUCACUGAACGGGACAAAUCUAAUAUGAUGGCAGCAGAGAAAAUUGAGAUCCUGAAAAAUAAGCUGAAUGAAGCUCACAAGACCACCCAAUUGAAGAGGAAAGAAGCCAAGGAUAACAUAGAGAGACACGCAAAAGCUGAAUGGGCAAUUUGUUUAUGCAAUAGUCGGGCUGAAGAACUUGAAAGUCGAAUAAGGGAGGAGGUGAUUGGAAGGGAAGAACUGAACAAGGAAGUGGAUGCAGAGAAAGAACAAACACAGGAAAUGAGAAUAGACGUUGAAGAGAGCAAGAGGAGGUUAAGUUCACUGUUGGAACUGCAAUCGGAGUUGUCGAAUAGGCUUCAAAAAUCGACGGUGGCAAAGACACGCGCUGAGACGCAGCUACAGAAGGCGGUGGGAGAGAGAAGCGAGAUGGUGAGGGAGAUAGAAGAGCUUCGGAGGCAGAGAGAUGUGUUGAACAGAAGAAUCGAAUUCUGCAAACAGAAAGACGCGAUUGGAAUGGCUGCGAGGUUGAGCGACACGUGUUGUAGUUUCAGGGAGUACUCGGAGGAGGAGCUCAGGUUGGCCACCGAUAACUUUUCCGAGCGGCUACGGUUCAAGUCCGGUGGGGAUUGGAGCAAUGUGUACAGAGGACGUUUCAGCCAUUCCACUGUUGCAAUCAAGAUGCUCCCUUCUCUUUCUUCUUUCUCUCGUCAAGAUUUCAAAUCCAAGGUGAGGCUUCUUGGGGAUAUUAGGCAACCUCAUCUGGUUGCCAUGGUGGGCUUUUGCUCCGAGCCCAAAUGUAUAGUUUUGGAAUACAUGCGCAAUGGCAGCUUACGUGACAUGUUAUGUUCUAGGAGGAAAAACCGGGCCUUGAGAUGGCACGAUCGAAUACGAAUAGCCACAGAGGUAUGUUCAGGCCUGGGCUUUCUCAAUGCAGCUAAGCCCAGGCCAGUGAUUCAUUGUCAUUUGACCCCAUCCAACGUCCUCCUAGACCGUAAUUUGGUGUCGAAGAUAACAAAUUUUGGGCUUCAUGAAUGCCAUGAUGAGAAGUGUAACGUUGAGUCAGAUUUACGGGCCAUAGGGGUUUUGCUGAUGCAGCUUUUGACUGGAAGAAAUUGGGCUGGGCUUGUGGAGGAGGCCUUGACAAUGGAUAUGGAUAAAGAGGCUUUUGUUAGAGUUCUUGAUGAAAUGGCUGGACAAUGGCCAUUGGAUCUAGCGAGAGAACUUGCAGGGCUGGCUGAGAGGUGCAUGUCCAUCAAAAGCAAGCCCAACUCAGAAUUGAGCAUUGCAAGGGUCUUAGAGGAACUCAAUGAGAUAAGAAGAAAGGGUAAUGAAAUAAUUGCAAAGGAAGGGCGAAAGGUAAUCAUUGGUGGAUUUAUAGAUAGAGAGGGUUCAAGUGAUGUGCCUAGUGUUUUUCUGUGCCCCAUACUUCAGGAGGUAAUGAAAAACCCACACGUGGCAGCAGACGGAUUUUCCUAUGAGCUGGAAGCAAUAGAACAGUGGAUAAAAUCGGGACGUGACACAUCGCCAAUGACAAAUUUGAGGAUGAAGCACACAUUCCUCACCCCAAAUCACACCCUUCGUUCCCUAAUUGAGGACUGGCAGACCAAUAGAUCACCUAGAGUUGGACAUUAAUACCCUUUUUUUUAAUUCAUUAGAUCAUAUGUACAGUUAAAUUAAGGGUUGUGACUUAUUUUUUCCUUCCCCUUACUUCCAUUUAAAAAGCUACCAAUUGAAUUAGUGGGUCGUGGGUCGUGGGUCGUGGGUCAUGGGCAUGGGCGGGCUCAAGCCUAAAAACUUCGUAACUGACAUAGUUGCAUUAGUUUUUCCUUGGUCAGCGACUAGAAACAAAUCUUACUUUUAGCUCAAUGUGAAACUACAAAAAAUAGAACAUUUAUUGAUAAAAAUAAAUAAAUAUGCAAGUACACUUUUUUUCGG